CUCACGCUAUAUACGUUAAGGCUAUUCUGUUGCUCUGUAGUCGUCGCCUUCUCCACUAUCCCUUAUACAGUACAACUUUUUCACCUCUUCUCUCAUUUCUUCACUCUGUUAUCCUUGGUGUUUUCACUAUACCAUUCGACUCCCACACUAUCCGUCGUCUAUUAUUCUUUACUCUUUCUAUCCAACACUCUGACAACGAACUGUUCGCUUUUACUUUAUAUACUACCUUUGUCUUUCAUUCUUUUCCUUGUUUUUUUCCCAUCAUUUAUUCAAAUAUCUCGUGUCUUUUUUCUUCUCUUCUGCAGCUAUUUUAAACAUAUCUUAUUUUCUAUUUCUAAUCUUUUUCUUUCUUUAGUUUUAAGUUGUUGUUUUUUUUUAACUCAGCCCUCGCACUUGCUUUCUCACGCGUUUCAUACACAUCCAUGUAGGCUGGCCUAUAGAAAACAGCACAUUCACGGAGGCCAAUUCACAAAGCAGACAGUCCGAUCGCCGAAUUCAAUUCCUUUCAGGAGAUAAAAAAAUUACAAAACUAAGUACGAUUCCCGAAAUUUCUUUGUUGUCGUUCAAAAAUACAAAGACUUACAGAAUCAACACUGUUUUUAUUCUCUUCUUCCGUCAUUGUUCACCUACGCAUAUAUGAUGAGUUAGGAAGGUAAAUGGUUGGACCAGUGAUUUUUGACGUAAAGGAAACUUUUUGAUUCCCUCAAACUGGCACAGAAACGAGCGUCUGACCCUGGCAAAAUGCUGGGUAUAAAGUUUAAAGAUGUCAUUUUGGAGACAAUUGACCAAUUACGGAAAAGGAAAGCUCGCCCAGAUUUAGAUCGCAUUAGCAACAUGCUACAACGCAAACAUGGGAUAAGCUUUGAAGAUACAGAAGCCAUCCUAGAAAAAUUGGUGGACAGUGAAGUGGUUUUCAAAGUUGAUUACAAGGGCAGCACAAGUUAUAGGAAUGCGGCCAAGUGGCGAAUCAAUCAUAUCGGCGGACAAGUUCACAAUUCAAACCAAUCCAAUCAAAAGAUUCGCGCACUUGGACAACAACCUAGUAACAAUUCAACUUCUACUACCGAUGUGAUGAAUGUUUCAGAAAGUGUCGUCAGUCCUGGUAACCGAAAAAAUUCAUCGAAUAGAUCUCAUGUCAAUGUGGUUGACACCAAAGAACUAAACCCAACUUCUACUACAAGUAGUGAUAGCCACCUGGAUAAAGCUGCAAGUAAUUAUCAAUGUUCGGAAAAUAAAGCCGGUAAUAGAGGAACUAAAAAAACAAACGUCAAUGUUACUACAACAGCAACAAUAUUGACAACUUCAUCACCCUGCUACACUUCAACACUGUCAACAAGACAAAUAGGAAGAAAUUCAAGAAAAGAACAGGCUUCGUCGAAAACGACGAAUACCAACGUGAAGAGGAAUACAGAAAACUGGCAAUGUAAAGAGAAUAAGUUGACGGAAACAACCGCAUUUGCCGACACACAAAAUGAGAAGGAAAGUGAAUGGGAUAAAAAAUUACUUAUAAACGAUAAUUCCUCUGGUGAUGCUGUUAUGACUGAUACUUUUACGGAAAAUGACAGUAACAACAAGAACAACGAAAACAAUGACAACAAUAGUAAUGAGAGGCACUCUUCUUGCACACUUUCCGCGAGACAGACUGUACAUAGAAAAAAUAUGAAUAACACGUUAAUAGCACGAAUAGUCAACAAUUAUAAAGCCGAUAGCAACAACAACAAUGCUAAUGGUAAUGACAAAAAUGGAAUUAGCAGUAGUAGUGAUGUUGAGCAUUGUAAUGGAGGUGGCGGUGGUGAUGAUAUCAACACUAGCUGUAAUAAAUUCAAAAAAGCUAUUGGAACAUCGCAUUUUCCGAGCAGCGCUGAACUAGUUCAUGACGCUCUCUCCAAGUUAAAAUCUUCUUUGUCGUCUUGUGUCACUGUUACGACAGCUGGCGUAACAGACGCGUCCAAGUCGUCUCCGUCCAUCGGCUCUUGUCAAGGACGUCGUGAAAAUAGGCAACAGUCAGCUGUCCUCAGUAAACUUGGUCAUCCCUGCAGAGAGAAGCAACUACAAAACAAGGUUUCUUUAUCUACUACUAAUGCGCAACCUCGUGGCAAUAGAAUGACCAAAACAGCUACUCCUGUCGCACCUGUCUUGGCUCGAAGAGGCCGUCCUGUUUCUAAAAGAAAGAGAAUUCGUAAAACUCAUGGCCCUGAAUUCGAAAGUGAAGACAUUUUGAAAUUUGAUCAGGAAAAGUGUGUUUCCUGCUUACUUACUGCUGAUAGGAACAAACAUGGACAGCCAGAAGAAUUACUUGUUUGCAAAGAUUGCAAUACCACAGUUCACCCUUCAUGUAUGGAUUACUGCGAAGAACUUGCAACAAAGGCACGUAACUCUCCAUGGCAAUGUAUAGAGUGCAAAACUUGUUUUAUAUGUGACGAUUCCGGAGAUGGGGACUGCAUGUUAUUUUGCGAUGCCUGUGAUAAAGGAUAUCACAUGAAAUGCCAUCUUCCACGUGUGAAUGAGAAACCAAAAGGAAAGUGGGUGUGUGGUCAAUGUGCAUCAGAAAGUGAAAAUUGUCUAGCUCAGCCAAUGGAAUUCGAAACUGCAACUCCAGAAGAAUCCUCAAUGCCAACCACCAAUGGCAACCAUCGGGACAACAUGGAAACAACAAGCCCACCAGGUCUUCCAACUCCUCAAGAUUCUCCAGCUCAACCCGAACCUGAGGACAAACCAUGUGUUAAAGAAGAACCUGUUUCAUUACCAAUGUUAAGAGACUUUCAAGGUCCCUAUCCUGAUGCUGCAAAUUGGAGUAUUGAUGAUGUUGUGAAUUUCUUUAAAUCUGCUGGCUUUGUAACACAAGCAGAAGCUUUUCGUGAACAGGAGAUUGACGGCAAAUCUCUCCUGUUGAUGAAAAGAAGUGAUGUCCUAACAGGUCUGUCAUUGAAAUUAGGUCCAGCACUGAAAAUGUACACACAUGUACAAAAUCUUCAGCUUGUUGGGCAGAGUUCAUAUGUGAAUGGUACAGGGCAUUAAGGACACCUUCCUCUGUUUUAAUUGUUGCCCAGUUAUCACAAAUAUCUCAUGCCUAGAAUAACAGAUAUCUGCUGUGCUACGUUUUUGUUGUCAUAGAAUAAUCUCAUUUCAUCUCUCUCUUUCUCUCUCUCUCUCUCCAUGAACAAUGUUCUC